ACAAGACCCACGGGCGGCCCCGGGAACUCGCCCCUGCCGUCCGGCCGCCGCGAACCCGGAGCGCCCCGACGCCGCCGUGCGCCCCGCGCCUCGCCUGGCCCCGCCACCCCGCGCCCUGACCCGACGCCGGGCGCCCUGCCGCGUCGUCUUCCUUCCCUCGCAGGACCCAGAGAGCAGCCCCAGGUCCCGGCUGGGGACGGUGCGUCCAGCGGAGAGGGCAGGUGUGGUCUGAUGAGAAGCAGAGAUGGGGAAAAAACUGGAUCUUUCUAAGCUAACUGAUGAAGAAGCCAAACAUGUCUGGGAAGUUGUGCAGCGAGACUUUGAUCUUAGAAGAAAAGAAGAAGAGCGACUUGAGGUGUUGAAGGGCAAGAUGAAGAAAGAAAGCUCCAAGACGGAGCUGCUGUCCGAGGCGGCCCACCUGAACGAGACCCACUGCGCGCGCUGCCUGCAGCCCUUCCAGGUGCUGGGGAGCGGCCGCAGGCAGUGCCUGGACUGCCACCUGCUCACCUGCCAGGGCUGCGGCGACGUCCACGCGGAGGUGCAGGGCUGGCUGUGCGACCCCUGCCGCCUGGCCAGGGUGGUGAGGAUCGGCUCCCAGGAGUGGUACUAUGAGCGUAUGAGAGCUCGCUUCAAGCGGUUCGGGAGCGCCAAGGUGAUGCGGUCGCUCUGCGGCCGGCGGCCGGGUGGAGGUUUGCCUGGCGGAAUGAGCAGCUCACCCAACGUCAACAGUAGGCCUGAGUCGAACCCUGGAGAGAACAGUGGAGAGAGUGAGCAGACAGAUGAUGGAGAACUGGAUACAGCAGCCCAGGCCCAGCCCCUUGGAAGCAAAAAGAAGCGCCUCCUCCCCGUUCACGACCCGGACUCGGACGCCGACUCGGACCACUCUGCUCAGCUUUGCCGUCCCUCCCUGCCCUGCUCCUCGGGGCCGGCGGCCACCAACAGCCUGCAGUCCCUCGCAGGUGAGCUGUGCAGAGAGGAUGCCACCUCCCAGGACGCUGAGGCUUGUGGGCUCCAGCCCCGUGCAGAAGAGCAGAGGGACGGCCCCACGGAGCUCGGCCUGCCUGGGGACACCGGCGGGGUGGCUCCAGGGGGAGCCGGCUCUCCUGGCUCGACUGUUCUCAGGAACGAGCAGCUCCCUGCCCAGUACCUGGCUGAUGUGGACACCUCGGAUGAAGAAACCAUCCGGGGUCCCAGGACAACCCCCCACCACACUAAACGGAGAGGCCAGACUUCGUCCGAGAGCCAGCUCACAGAUGCUGACAGAGAAGAGGAGACCCUGAAGAGAAAGCUGGAGGAGUUAACCAGCCACGUCAGUGACCAGGGGACCUCAUCCGAGGAGGAGGGCGGCCAGGGUGCAGAGGCCAUCCCCCGGGCGGCCCCGGAGGUGAGCUCAGCAGAUGGCACAGCCUCCAGGUGGGGAACAGAGCUCUGGGGCCCUCAGGACUACGUCCAGCCCAGCAGGACCACAGACGAGGAGCUGUCGGAGCUGGAAGACAAGGUGGCCAUGGCCACCUCCAAAGUCCAGCAGGCGGAGAACGAGGUUUCAGAUAUCGAGUCCAGGAUCGCAGCCUUAAGGGCCGCGGGGCUCACGGUGAGGCCCUCGGGAAAGCCCCGGAGGAAGUCAAACCUCCCGAUAUUCCUUCCUCGAGCUAUCGGGACAGUUGGCCGGAUUCCUGAGGAUCCGGAUUCAGAGCCUGCAAUUGAAGGUGAGGCGAAGGCUGUGUCCUGUCUUCUAAGGAGAAAGUACGGUUAUUCCCCUAAAAGUCAAGGUAAGCCCCCACUGUCCUCACUCCCGUGGGGCCUGGAGAAUGGAAGGGGACACGUUGGGGAGAGACCCCUCACUGCAUGCCGCUGACUCCCCAUGAGCCCCUGGAGCCGCUCUGGCCACCCCCAGGGAAAGGCCAGCAGCAGGGGCCCCUCAGUGAGCUGGUUUUCUGGGUAACUGGCGUUCCCUGCCUUAAGCCUGCCAGGGUUUUGUCAUUUCAAUGCUUUGUGAUGUAAUUGCCCUGAAGUGGUACACCGUCCCCCCUUACAUGGGGCACAGCACCCCGUUUAGUCUUCUCUGUGCCUCAGUAGCGACGAGAACAUCCACACACUGGGCAAGGGGGCGCGAGGCCUGGCUCCCUCCACUGCACAUUGCCAAAGCCGCGGGCACCUUUUGGGUCCUCGUGACUGUCCCAUCUCCCACUUUGCAGCCUGACUGCCGGGCACGAGGGGAGUGGCAGCCACCUCCCCAGUUCUGAGCCCACCCUCUCCCCUGCCCCUGCGUAUGAGUUCUACCCUCGCUCCCAUCUUUCAAACCCCUUCACACUCAUGUCCUAGCAGAGAGCUCCCUCCGUGCCCCUCCUCUGCUUAGCACAAUCGCUGGCUCCCCACUGCCCUGCAGAAUGAAGUCCCGACUUCCCAGCACAGUCCACGGCCCUUUCCCAGGUGUCCACACACAGAACCCAGCCUGCCGCCCCUCAUCCCGCCCUGGUCUCAGAGCCUCCACGCAAGGCCGUGGCUUCUGCCCGGGGUGCUUGCAGCUCCCGUCUCCACCUUUCUGUGGUCCGUUUGUCCUCCAGGCCCAGCGCGGAGCCCUCUCCUCGGGGGGGCUUCUCCCCCACCCCCUGGGGCACAUCUCUGUCCCUCUCCCCACCCUGGUCGUGUCUACCACACACACCCCCAGUGCCUGCUCCCUCUCUGCGCCCCCGUCCCAGCUCCCUGCAGAGGUUCCGCUCAGUCCAGCCACAGCUGGAGCCCAAGGCCCUUCGUGGAUAAUCCCUGGAUUUGGGGCCACAUGCUGAGCAGGAGAUGGCAGUGGAGGGGCCAUGGGGAGAGGCUUCUGGACCACCGCAUGCUGACCCUUUGGGGGGUUUCCAGUCGUCCUCAUGGGCUAAAACCCAAAUGGAGGCUCACAUUCACAGCCAGGGAGGGCCAGGGCGAGCCCCCCAAGGCCCCUCGGCAACAGGCUUCGUGGGAGGUAGACCUGGGCCAGGAAAGAAGCUUCUUGUCUUGAGUCAAGGCCAGGUGGUCUCACUGCAGCCCCCCCAGAGGCUGUCAGUCACGUCCAGGUCUGAACAGACACUCGAGGCCCCGGGCCCUCCGGCCUGUCCUUGCCCAGCGAGGUGUGGCCGAGGCAGCUUCGCCUGCCCUGCCUGAGGUCAGCCCCACGGGGCGGCCUCCGUCCUCGAUGCAAGGUCCAGGGGGCCGUGCAUCCACCCCGCUCCGAGACCUCAGCCCCCCGUUAGGUAAAUCCCUCGGCAGGGGAUGGUCCUGGGUGGUCAAGACCCACAAGACUGCCCCUGCCCCCGUGGAGCCAGACAGCAGGGGUCCGCGGGAGGCUGGUGGGCCGGUGCUUCCAAAAUAAUGAUACUGACUUUUUAACAGACCCGGUUUGUGGUGUUUGCUGACUCCUGUGGUGGUGGAGUCCAGGCCACUGAUGUGACGUCAGCGGCCACAGAGCUGCGAGGACCAGCUCCCCCCACGUGGGGCGCCUGCCCCGGCCAGGAGGGGCCCGCUGGGAAGUGCAGGGUGCACACAGGCUGGCUCUGCCCGCAGGGCUCGCUCGCCACGGGCUUAGACAUACACAACUAACCGGGGUGUGAGGCCACCCGGCCCCACCGUGCAGCCCCAGCCCCGGAAGAGAACUUCUGUCCCGACGGGCAGAAUGCAGGACCCCAGGGCUGCUGUCACAUCACAGAAUUACAGGGAGGGGAGGGCCAAGGAAGUGGAGCAUCCUCUCGUUCUGCCCCUACAGGGACACUGAGGCCACAGCGAGGCAGGAUUCUAAUGCUUGUUCCAAAGUAGGGGGAAAGUUGGACUGAACCGUUAACUUGCACAAACGCCAAAGCAUAAACGCUUCAUUCCAGGGUUUCCGUGCUGCAAAAACGUCUCCAAGGGGGACAUGUCAAUUUUUAUGCUACUUUUUAAAUUUUUCAGGAGGCGAAGGCCUGUGUUGGGGUACGUCUGUGACUAAUGAAGCCCCCGCCCCUCUGUUUCCC